AUGAACGACGAGCUGUUUGGUUUCCAAUGCGAAUGCGAGGGCUCCACGCCUUUGGAGGAGCUGGAAGAGUUGGAAAACACAGGCGUGAGCGGGAUGUCUAUACUGGGCUGUUCUGUCGACUCCGACGCCUGCGACGACCUCGACCGGCUCGCAGAGCUACGUCCGCUCGCCGCGUCCGACGUGGUCAUCACGUCCGUCUGGCUCUGGCUCUGGAUCCCAACCAGCGUCGGCCGCAGAACAGGAGGAACAUAA